AUGUCCAUUGACACCAACGCUUGGAUCGCACGAGUCCAAAAUGACAUUGGAGGUUGCCACGAUUUGAUACAGCAUGUCGUCAACGCGAUCGCCACGGCUCAAUCGGCACCACCUCGCAUCCCAUUGUUACCACGAUCGAAGGGUCUUGUGCUGCAUGGCAAACCGGGUUGUGGCAAAACGAGUCUAGCAUUAGCCAUUGCACAUCAUUCUGGAUUGCCUUAUCGUGUACUCAAUGGCCCUGACAUUUUCCAAAGUGAGCAAGGUGCAAGUGAAGCCAAGCUGUUGAAUUUCUUUGAGGAUGCCAAGGAUUGUAUUGUUGUUUUGGAUGAAAUGGACAUGUUGGCAGGUCAAGAAGUCAAAGUAGCGUCAGCAUUGCUUUCGGUGAUCGAUCGUGAUCAAACGUUUCUCUAUAUCAUCGGUGUCACGAGUCGUUUACAUGCCAUCAAUCCAUGCUUUCUUCGUUCUGGACGCCUCGACGACAUUCAGGAAAUCAUCAUCAAUACCCCCGCUGCAAGAUACGAAAUCCUUGACAUCAUGACACAAAAUCUUCCUUUGGAUGUUUCUGAUCGACCCUUGGUGCUUGAAAGGAUAUCAAAAGUGACGCAUGGCUUUGUACCGAGUGAUUUGCAGCUUUUAUGUACCCAAGUCAUUUUGGAACUUGUGCGACAAAAGGAGGCAUCAACGGCCAACUUUGAGCAAUUUCAACGUGCACUUGAACAUGUCAAGCCAUCUACAUUGUCCGAAUACCGGGUACCGCAUGUCAAGUUUUCAGAAAUCUUUGGUCUGGAGCCGAUUAUUCAUGAACUCAAAGCAUCUGUGAUUCAUCCCUUUCAUCAUCCGGAAUCUUACUCAAGCCUAGGCAUAUCACCACCCAGAGGUAUCCUUGUCUAUGGUCCACCGGGUGUGGGUAAAACCAUGCUAUGCAGUGCAUUGGCCUAUGAAGCAGGUGUCAACUUUAUGUUUGUCGAGAGUUCCCAAGUACGAUCGAAGGUGGUUGGUGAAUCUGAAAAGAAUCUUGCAAAGCUCUUUGCUCAAGCACGAUCCAAUGCUCCUUGUUUACUUUUUAUUGAUCAGAUCGAUAUGUUGUUACCCAAACGUGGAACGAGCUCAACAUCUGAAAAUACGAGUGAUCGCAUUGUUACCGGGUUCCUAACAGAAAUGGAUGGCUUAUUGACCAAAAAGAGAUCAAGUUCAGCGCAUAUCGAUGUGCUCGUUGUUGGUGCCACCAAUCGUAUCCAUGUGAUGGAUCCUGCUGUGCUCCGCCCAGGCCGUUUUGAUGAACAUAUCCAUGUACAGAUCCCUGAUGCUGAGCAACGACUACAAAUCAUUGAUGGAUUGGGAAAGAAAAUGCCUACUUUACUAGCUGAAGAGGAACGACAGCGAUUAUCACAAAUGACACAAGGAUGGACAGGUGCUGAUCUGGAUAACCUCUUUCGAGAAGCUGCAUUGGCGAGUUUACGGGAAAAUAUUGAAAAUGACAAGAUUACAUUUGCACAUAUACACAAGAUUGUCACCGAGAAGCAAUCCAUACCUUCUAAAGCUCAAGAUUGA